CGACUCAUCGCUCCGCUCCCCAUGUGGCCAUGUCACGCCCGCUGCGCCGCGCUCCCGCCGGUGCCCCCACCCACCACGCCCGUGCUCCCGCCCGUGCGGCCGUGCCCCUGCCCCCGAGCACCAGAGCUUUCGCCCCCGCCCGCCGCCGCCAGAGCCUUCGCCCCCGCCUGCGGCCGGGCACGGCCGCCGCCGCCUCGUGGCUGACUCCGCCCGGUAGUGCCUCCUCCCUGCCCGGCCGCCCAGCCCUGCGUCGCCGGCGGCCGCCUACCCUGCAUAUCACUGACAGGCGAGAGAGCUCCGUGGAAGUUUGCAGGCAAUGGAGGGAGAGGCUUCAGCGCGGCGAGGGAGGAUGAGAGCACCUGCCGCGAUGCUUUCGUCGAGUUCAUGACCAAGGUGGCUCGGUUCGAGGAGCUAGCUGAAUCUGGAAAUCGAUUGCUCGUGAGAUUCCAUCAGGAACUUGGUUAGUGACUCUGAUAUUCUAUCCCUCUCCUUUUGUUAGUACAACCGAUAGCCCUUGAAGGUUAUUUUCAGAGGCCGCAGAUUCCUACCGAAUCAGAUGUCAUGAAUCAUAUACUUAAAUCUAACUGCACUGGCAGAAUGUGGUUCUAUCUUGAAGCUGGUUGCAGGCUUCACUGCCACGAUAUCUCAAACAUAAAUCAGUUACGUUCAUGCGAAGAUGGACUUAAAGAUCAUAUAAACAAAGUUAAGGCUUUGCUUGAAGAGCUUGAAUGUCUAGUUGAGGAUGUCUAUGGAAUCACACUAACAGCCAGUUUAAGUGCUCUAAAAGUUUCAGACAAUCAUAGCAUCGACAGCAAGCUGACUACUGAAUCUUGCCUCAUGGAGGGUGUUUCUACACUACAGGAGGUGGAUAAAAGUGUAGAUGGAUUGGACAGCGUUGUAUCAUAUGUUACAGUGAUGGUCAUCAUUCGCAACAUGUUGAAGCUUGACUAUAUGAUGCAGGAAAGGAUUGUCGGUGCUUUAUCCAUUAAAACACCGACAUUAGAACUCCAGAGCUAUUGCCUCGUGUGGGAUUUGUGCCCGUACAUCGACGACAAUGUGAUGCAUCUUGCAUGGAAAAUGUGCCCAUGGAACUUAGGGGAUGGAACAAGCAGCAAGUUACUUUUGCUAAGGAAGACUCAUGCCGCUGUUUGAGCAACUGAGCGAGAUGGAUGCCGCCACAACCAGUUAAUGCCCUAGCAGAAGAUUGAUUCUCAACAGGAUGUAUGUGGGAUUGUAGAUGGAUAGAAAUGUGUAUGUUCUUGAUUGUGCUACGGAGAAACCAUAAUUUGUCAAACUGAUGUCUGUUGGCAUCGUUGGAGUGUUCUGAUUUCUGAUUCCCCUUUGCGUUUUUGCAAAGAAA